AUGAGCUCUGAUAUUCGCCGCAAAUUGGUUAUUGUUGGUGACGGUGCCUGUGGAAAGACCUGCCUGCUUAUUGUCUUCUCCAAGGGUACCUUCCCUGAGGUCUAUGUCCCGACCGUGUUCGAGAACUAUGUUGCGGACGUCGAGGUUGACGGAAGACACGUGGAGUUGGCGCUUUGGGAUACUGCUGGUCAGGAGGACUACGACCGCCUGCGUCCUCUGUCGUACCCCGACUCGCAUGUGAUUAUUAUCUGCUUCGCCAUCGACUCACCUGACUCGCUCGACAACGUCCAGGAGAAGUGGAUAUCCGAAGUCCUGCACUUCUGUGCCGGUCUGCCUAUUAUUCUCGCUGGGUGCAAGAAGGAUCUGCGCAACGACCCUUCGACCAUUGCUGAGCUCCGGAGCCACAACCAGUCCCCCGUGUCCUUCCAGGAUGGCGAGGAUGUCGCUCAGAAGAUCGGCGCUACUGGCUACUACGAGUGCUCUGCCAAGACCAACGAGGGCGUCCGCGAGGUGUUUGAUGGUGCCACACGUGCCGCCAUGUCUGCAAAGACCAAGAAGAAGAAGAAGAGCGGAUGCCGUAUUCUUUAA